AUGCCUUCUGAGGACUACCUAAACGUUGUCGUGACUGGAAAUCUACCGUUUAUGGAAUAUGACUUCAACACAUCUCAGCUGGUGAGAGACGCUCUCCCCGACGUCAUUAAGAGACCCGGCAAGAAGACGAUCCGAGUCCUGAAGUACUACCGCGAUACUCUGGACACGUACACCGAUGUGCGGUUCGUUUCAAACGACAUUUGGGUUGGCAAACGAUCGCGGUUCCUGCCGGCUCCUCAGCCAGGCGAGGAAGAAGAACAUGUUGAUGUUGACUUCAUCCUCCACCUGGGCAUGAUUGCUCUUGGUUGGGACCCGGAUCAAUUUCGUUUUGAGACCAUCGCGCGCAGGGAUGGGUACAAACUCCCUGGGGAUGAUGGCAAGUUUGUCGACUCAGACUAUCUCAAGUCCCUGGGCCUGCCCGAGGUCCUUUCGACGUCACUUGACGUUGAGGCCGGGUGGCGCAAGGUGAAGGAAGACCAUCCGGAGGACGCAGGUCUUUAUUUCUGCGAGUUCCGUCUGUAUUCCUCGCUCGCCGAGUCGCAUGUGACGAAGGAGUUUGCCAACAAGAAGGGCCGGGUUGUGUUUGAACACCUCCCUCAGCUUCAUACGCGGGAGGGAAUUGAACUUGCUCGGGACAUUAGUGUUAGUUUUAUCACUGGCCUUGCGGACGACGCCAUGUUUUCCGGGAACUAG